AAUCAGCAGCCAGUCAGCGUUGGUUACCUGACUCCGGUGUUUCGUGAGUUUGAGCUAGGCCGGGGCCCCUCUUCACCACACUGACAGGAACGCAGCUUCAAGUACCCAAAUGUCGGCUGUGGCGACAGCAGAAUGAGCAGAUUGGGACGCUUGUCUCGCUUGAACCAGCGCCAUGACCCGCCUUGUGACAUUAAGCGCUGGAGACCAGACGGGGGGAAGCGACGACAGCUGCGAGCCAUUAACAUCAGCCGCCUACAAAAGCCUGAUCGUCGUUGCCACUCGUCGCCAGACCAACUCUUUCGGCAUUCCCGUCAGUCACGUCCAGCACUCAGGUAUUUACCAACAUAUAUUCUCCCGGCUAAUCUGACCUUUGCUCCGUCCUGCUCCCUGACCUGUACCGUUGCCUGAUAUCACGUCUACGCCUGCCAGCGACCACACGACGUGCACGUGUGCUACAACGACUCUCGACGUGCCGCUGAAAAUAAACCUUGUUAAAGAAUAACGGAAUUCUCCCUUGUCUGCUUUGGGGUCCGAUUCCCAGCGCUCCCUAACAGUUUUGGUCUGGCCACGUGGACCCCGCGGACAUGGAUCCGAGUCCCGCUUCCUCGUCUUCCCCCGCCCUGGACCGUCACGCUCAAGCCCUCGAGUACCUUUAUCAAAAGUUAUCUACCAUCUUCCCUCACCACAUCUACAAAUCUCCUUGGUUGGUGAGGAAAAAAAUCCCUCUGAGCACACCCCACACAAGUGAAUAAUGGCUCAGCAUAUAUAAGAGACAGCCAAGAAUCCUUUCUGUGAUCGCAAGAUGAUUGACAAACGGCUGGUGGGACAGAGACGGGAGAUGAAACUUCUCGGGGACAGCAACUAUCAGAAGACCAGCAUCUACAUAGUACCAUGCUUCCUCUUUGUUGAGCUGGUCAUCAUGGCAGGGACCGUGUUGUUGGCAUACUACUUUGAGUACACGGACACCUUCCCAGUGCACAUCCAGGGUUUCUUCUGCUUUGACAAGGCUUACUCCAAGCCAUACCCGGGACCAGAGGACUACAGCAAGGCGCCGCCCGUUCUUGUCUACUCUCUGGUUACCGCCAUCCCCACUGUGACGAUUCUGAUUGGAGAAGUGACCAGUUUCUUUGUCAAGUCAGAGGGAGCUCAGGAGAAGACCAUCGUGACCGCAGACUGCUGCUAUUUCAACCCGCUUCUCCGCAGGAUUGUACGCUUUCUGGGCGUAUACUCUUUCGGUCUCUUCACAACCACCAUCUUUGCCAACGCGGGUCAAGUGGUUACGGGGAACCAGACACCUCAUUUUCUGAGCGCCUGCAAACCAAACUACACGGCGCUUGGCUGCCAGUCCUCGCUUCAGUACAUCACCGAGCAACGCGCCUGCACAGGGAACCCUUUCUUGGUGGUGUCCGCCCGCAAAUCGUUCCCCUCCAAAGAUGCGGCGCUCAGUUUUUACUCGGCCAUCUACACUGUGAUGUAUGUGACCCUGGUUUUCCGCACUAAGGGGACCCGUCUGACCAAGCCAACCUUGUGCCUAGUGCUGCUAUCGCUUGCCGUGCUAGUGGGCGUGGUGAGGGUGACGGAGCACAGGAACCACUGGAGCGACAUCCUGGCUGGGUUCAUCACCGGCGGAGCCAUCGCUGCCUUCUUGGUGUCUUGUGUGAUCAACAAUUUCCGGCCAGCCCAAACUGCGACGCAGAACACUCGGCCUCCAGCGCCGCAAACUUUGGAGACGCCAGCCGGAAUUCCUCUGCUUAGUUUGCCCCGUGUUGAGAGUCCACUCGAAAAGCUCCAGGGCUACCAUAUUCUGAGAUCACAUGACCAUCAGCCAAUCCCGCACCCCACCCCCGUGCACCACCCCUUGCGGCGGUGCCUCACCAGCUCAGUCUAGACCGAACUGAGGAUGGCGCCACCCAGCCAGGCUGUCCCGCCCACCAGGGGGCACGCCUUCCUCUCCGCCGGGUGAAGUCCACGCAGGUGUGAAGGUCCGCUGGCAGACGUGAGCGCGUGGUCAGCCUGCCAAACUGUCACAAAGCGACGACCGGCCGGUCCAUUUCUGUCUUGUUAGUCCUUUUUUCCUCUCCUCGGUCGGGAUCAAAAGAGCCGAGGAAAGGCUCGUUGAAGCCAGAUCUGUUGAAGCAAUACUUCGCCUCCAAUUUCCUCAUCUCCACUUGGACUCCACAAGAAGUUGACAGUUGUUGGCUCCUGACAAUCAAAACUUAGUGGAGCAGGUGCUUUGAGGACUGGGAUGGAAGCCUAAUAAGACCAGUGGAUCCUCUGCUGGAGAAGUUUUUCUUACACUCAGGACGAUUCAGUGUGGAAAAAAGAUGUUUAUGUCAAGAAAUACACAGCGAAAAAACAUGGUGUCAGUCUCUGAAGCAGUAUAUCCUAACCUUUAUCGAACCAUGGCACAUACUGUAUUUUACAUGGCUACCGCUAAACAAAAGCACACUGAAAAACUAAUAAUUUUAUUUCAGUAUAAAAAUCCUGUUUAUUUGAAUACAAAGGUAUUAUUUUGUUGUGUGAAUGGCAACAGCUGGAUACGCGUCAGUUAUACAGCACUUUCCUUUAUAGGCAGUAUCUAAGGAGCCUAAAUGAAGGAAGGUGGAUGGCACUUUUUAGCUCAGAGUUAGUAUUUGACAAGCUGUCAAUUUGUUAUUGUGUUGUGCACUGAGUGACGUGAUAGAAGGGACACUUGUAGCCCACUCCACAGAUUUUUAGACCAAUAGCAUAAUUGCCCAAGUCACGUGUAAACAUCUAGAAACAAGGGUGGGGGUGACUGAGAAAAGUAUUAAUUAUUGACUUUGACAAUUCUGCUAUGAGGCAAGUGAAAUAUAAUUUCAUGUGUGUUCUACUGAUGUUUCCCUUUUGAUACUUUUUGAAGGUUAGCCCAAUGGCGUACCGCGCGCAUGCUAUUUUUAGACUGUGACGUCGCAUCGUAAAGCAGAAGUAAAGUAGAAGUGGGACAUUAUAGGCCCGCCCUCGCAUAGAAACUAUGUUAAUUCUGCUACUUUUCUCUGGUAAUCUUUCAAAAACGAACAUGCCGAUCACACAUUGCUUUUUUGGAACUUGUAGAAACGACUCUAGACAUUACAACAUAUGUUACGACCAGGGGUGAAAGUGGCUAGAAUUUUUUGCCGGAACUCCCCGACGUAAAGGUCGCCACUGAGUAAGAAAUGUUAUUUAUUUAUUUAUUUAUCUAUCUAUCCAUUUAUUUAUUUUCAUCUUUUUU